CUAUUGGUGACAUGAAAGUCUACAGGAAAUAUUAACCAUGGGAAAAUGAAAGUCGCGUGGUGUCUGUUUUUACCUGGAAGUUUGUAAUGUCUUAUCAGCUAGUAGUUGUAUUCCAAAUAACAGAAAUAGAAAAUUUUUGUUACAGUCCGUGAAGCAUAUGAACUGUAUUGAGAGACUAGUGUAUUCCUCUCUGCUUGCCCUGUACGGACUCUUGACUAUUAUUGAAGAUUGCCAUUUAGACUGGGAUUUUUAAUUUGAAGGUUGUCAGUUAUUAGCUGUGCACCUUAGUGACAUGUUGAAGUCAAGGCGCAUUGUCCCAUCACUUUUGCGUCUUUCUACAUUACUUCCUUCAUGUAACAGAAGCCUUUGCGUGAAACUGAGUGUUGUACAAGCGCUAUCUGCCAAGGCGAGUGAUAAGGACGUGAAAUUGCAGGGCUGGAUUCGUUCUGUUCGCUCACAGAAAGAGGUAUUAUUUUUGGAUGUGAAUGAUGGAAGCUCAUUGGACAAUUUACAGGUGGUUGCAGACCCAAACCUGGGACCCAAAAAUCUGACCUAUGGAUGUGCUGUUGAAGUCCGAGGAAAACUGAUGAAAAGUACUUAUGCAAAGCAAAAUAUUGAGCUGCAUGCUGAAGAUAUCAAAGUUGUUGGGCCUUGUGAUCCAGUGGAUAACAACUUUGUACAUAUUCACACCCCUAUAAUUACAUCCAAUGACUGUGAAGGUGCUGGAGAGCUCUUUAAAGUUGAACCUGCAAAUAAGGAGAGAUGUGAACAGAAAGAAACCAACCAUUUCUUCAACAUUCCAGCAUUUCUAACCGUCUCAGGACAGCUGCAUCUGGAAGUAAUGACAGGAGCUUUUACCAAGGUCUUCACAUUUGGACCUACUUUUAGAGCAGAGAACUCCCAAAGUCGGAGACAUCUAGCAGAGUUUUAUAUGGUGGAAGCAGAGAUUGCUUUUACUGAUGGCCUUGAGGAUAUUAUGCAGGUAAUGGAAGAUCUUUUCAAGGCUGCCACAUCAUGUCUUCUUAUGAAGUGUCCCAAGGAUAUUGAGCUUUUUCAUAAAUACAUAGCACCUGGUCAAAAGGACAGACUGGAUCUAAUGUUAAAGAAACCCUUUGUUGUCUUAUCAUAUAAUGAAGCAAUAAAUAUUUUGAAGAAAGAUGCACAUAAGUUUGAGUUCAAACCAGAGUGGGGUCAUGAUCUGCAGACUGAGCAUGAAAAGUACCUUGUUCAGCACUGUGGUAAUGUUCCGGUGUUUGUUGUUAAUUAUCCGUAUGACCUCAAACCUUUCUAUGCUAGAGACAAUGAUGAUGGACCCCAGCGCACGGCUGCAGCUGUUGACCUCCUAGUACCUGGCAUUGGAGAACUUUUUGGGGGCAGUCUAAGAGAAGAGCGCCUACACCUACUGCAGUCACGUCUUGAAAUGUUAGGACUGAAGGAGACUUACCAGUGGUAUCUAGAUCUGCGAAGGUUUGGGUCAGUUCCUCAUGGUGGCUUUGGAAUGGGAUUUGAACGAUACCUUCAGUGCAUCUUAGGGGUUGAGAACAUCAAAGAUGUCAUACCUUUUCCACGGUUUACUCAUUCCUGCAAUUUAUAAAAAAAUGUAUUUAAUAAAAGUUUUUUUUUUCA